UCAAGAACAUAAAGAAGAAGAAACUGAUGAAUCAAGAAAAUCCCACUUCUUGUUGUUGUGUUCUUGAUGCUUCCACUUAUGUUGGUUUCUGGAUUCUCAAGAGAUUGCUCACUAAAGGUUACUCUGUUCACGCAGCUAUCCGUAAAAACGGGGAAAGUAUGCUUGAGGAAGAGAUCAGAGACAUGGAAGCUACAGAAGAGAGAUUAGAGGUUUAUGAUGUUGAUGUAUUAGAUUACCAAAGCAUACUCGUUGCUCUCAACAACUGUAACGCUGUGUUCUGUUGCUUAGACAACCCUGAAGGAUACAAUGAGGAGAAGGAAGUGGAUUUGGAAGUGAGAGGAGCUAUCAAUGUGGUGGAAGCAUGUGCAAGAACAGAGAGUAUAGAGAAGAUUGUGUUCUCAUCUUCAUUGACUGCUGCGAUUUGGAGAGAUAACAUUGGAACUCAGAAAGAUGUUGAUGAGAAGUCUUGGAGUGAUCUUGACUUUUGUCUCAAAAAGAAGCUAUGGCAUGCUCUUGCGAAAACACAAUCUGAGAAGGCAGCUUGGGCAUUAGCCAUGGACCGUAUGGUUAACAUGGUCUCGGUUAACCCGGGCCUAAUCGUUGGACCAUCAGUGGCUCAACACAACUCUAGACCCACCAUGUCUUACCUCAAAGGAGCUGCACAAAUGUAUGAGAACGGUGUGUUAGCAUACGUAGACGUAGAGUUUGUAGCGGACGUUCACAUUCGAGCAUUUGAGGAUACUUCGACUUGUGGUAGAUACUUUUGCUUCAACCAAAUUGUGAAUACGGAAGAUGAAGCUCUCAAGCUUGUGCAAACUCUAUCACCUUUAAUACCUAUGCCACCAAGGUAUGAGAAAGAGAUGCAAGGAAGUGAAGUUUAUGAAGAGAGAUUGAGAAACAAGAAACUAAGCAAGCUGGUGGAAGCUGGCUUUGCUUGUUAAAAAUUGAAGGGCAAGAAAAUUACAAAGAAAUAUGUUAAGAAAAAAAUAUUUACAGUUUUGUUAAUUAAAAUAAAAAAUA